AUGGAAAUCAGUCACCUUUUGCUUGGAUUAUGUGCGUUUCUCCACUUUCACAAGUCAGUUUCAGCGGAGUCCACCUGCAAAUUGAAGGCCAAGUUCAACCUGAACGGUUACAAGGAUGUAGAGAAAAAGAAGGUGGUUGUUGGUGGGAUGUUUCCUGUUCAUCAACGUGUUACUUCCACUGAUGGCAACACUUCAAGUGUACCUGUCUCAUCAGGGUGUGAAGGGUUUAACUUCCGUACCUUCCGCUGGACCCAGACCAUGCUGUUUGCUAUUGAGGAGAUCAAUCUCAGGACAGACCUGCUGCCCAAGACUGACUUGGGCUACGUCAUCUACGACUCCUGCUUCACCAUCUCCAAGGCUGUGGAGGGCACCCUCACCUACCUGACAGGUCAGGACGAGGCUGUGCCCAACUACCGCUGUGGCGACGGGGCACCUCUUGCUGCUCUAGUGGGCGCUGGGGGCUCCGAUCUGUCCAUUGCCACUGCCAGGAUACUGGGACUCUAUCACUUCCCACAGGUGAGCUAUUUUUCAUCAUGUUCUGCCCUGGAGAGUAAAUUCCAGUUCCCCACCUUCCUGAGGACCAUUCCCAAUGACGUGCACCAGUCUACAGCCAUAGCCAAGCUGGUACUGCACUUUGGCUGGACGUGGGUGGGCACCAUAGCCGCUGAUGAUGACUAUGGCAAAUAUGGCAUCAAGGAGUUCAAGGAGCAGGUGGAAGAGGCUGGAGUCUGCAUCUCCUUCUCUGAGACCCUGCCCAAGGUGAGUUCACCAGAGGACAUCCAGCGUAUCGUGGACACUGUGGUUGAAUCCACAGCCAAGAUCAUUGUGGUGUUCUCGUCAGACGUGGACCUCAGUCCUCUCAUUGUCGAGCUGCUCCGACACAACGUGACCAACCGCACCUGGAUCGCCAGCGAGGCCUGGGUCACCUCUGCACUCAUCAACCAGCCUGGGGUGAGCUCAGUGCUGGGUGGUACUCUGGGCUUUGGGGUUAAGAGAGCCAACAUCCCUGGUCUUCAGAGCUAUCUACUGAGCCUGGACCCAUAUGCUGACUCACUCACUGAGGAAUUCUGGGAAACGGCGUUUAACUGCACAUUGAACUAUGGUAAAGCCCUGAGGGAGGCCAGAGAGAGGGCGAAGGCGGCCAACAGCACUCUGUCCAGAGCAGCCAGGGCAGUUCCUGACGGGCUGUGCACGGGGAAAGAGUCCCUGCAGCGGCUCAAUAGCACCUACUCUGAUGUCUCCCAGUUACGGAUCACUUACAAUGUGUACAAGGCUGUAUAUGCCGUGGCUCAUGCUUUGCACAACCUGGAGCACUGUGUGCCUGGACAGGGGCCUUUCAACAGGAACAGCUGUGCUGAGAUCACCAGCUUUGAGCCAUGGCAGCUGAUGUACUACCUCAAGAAUGUACGUUUCAACGUGCCUCACACAGAAGAGGAGAUAUUCUUUAAUGACGGGGACGUGGACGGCUACUACGACAUCAUUAACUGGCAGGUCAAAGGUGACGGGGAGCUAUCUUACGUCAUUGUGGGAAGCUACAACGGCACAGCGCAGCCAGAGGCCAGGAUGACCAUACAGAAUGAAUCCAUAGUGUGGAACAAUGAAGAUGUGGAACAUCCUCGGUCAGUGUGCAGUGAAAACUGUCAGCCAGGCACCAGGAAGGGGAUCCGGCAGGGAGAGCCAGUCUGCUGCUUUGACUGCAUCCCUUGUGCCGACGGCGAGAUCAGCAACACUACCAAUGCUCGAGAGUGUAUCCAGUGCAGUGAAGACUACUGGUCUAACGCCGUCCGUGAUACCUGUGUGCCCAAAACCAUUGAAUUCCUGGCCUUUGGAGAGCCACUGGGGAUCACUCUCAUCGUCAUCUCCGCCUUCGGGGCUCUGGUCACCAUCGCUGUUGGGGUAGUGUUCAUUGUGAACCUCGGCACUCCUCUGGUGAAAGCCAAUGAUGCUCUGUUGAGUUUCUCACUGCUGUUCUCCCUGGUGGUGACCUUCCUCUGCUCCAUCGUCUUCCUGGGAGAGCCUCAACCCUGGAGCUGCAUGACCAGCCAAGUGGCCCUGGCUCUGGGCUUCGCUCUGUGUCUCUCCUCCAUUAUGGGUAAGGCAGCGGUGUUGAUGCUAAGAGCUCAGGCUCUGAAAGCGGCCCGCGCCAAGGCCAAGGCAGCCGCUAAAGCGGCAAAGGCUGCCGCUGAAGCAGCAGCCAAUAGUGGCAACCCUGAUGUCAUAGUAACCAACACGAACAACAACAACAACACUGACAGCAACCCUGGUGGUAACCCUGAAAAAGACAAACUCACCUUUGCCCACCAGAGGGCGAUAGCUGCUGUGGCAACACUGAUACAGGCGGUGGCAUGCACAGUGUGGCUCAUCAUCCUCCCUCCACAUCCUGUCAAGAACACUGCAGCCCAAAAUGUGAAGAUCAUCCUUGAAUGUGAUGAAGGCUCCGUAGUCUUCAUCUGUUGCAUCUUCGCCUAUGACAUCCUACUGGCUCUGCUGGCCUUCAUCUUUGCUUUCAUAGCCCGCAAACUAGAAGACCACUUGAGUGAGGCAAAGUGCGUGACCUUCGGCAUGCUGGUCUUCUUCAUCGUGUGGAUCUCCUUUGUCCCGGCUUAUCUCAGCACACGUGGCAAGUUCAUGGUGGCCGUCCAGAUCUUUGCCAUCCUGGCCUCCAGCUUCGGCCUGCUGGCCUGCAUCUUCCUGCCCAAGUGCUACGUUCUGCUGGUCAAACCUGAACGCAACACGGAGGAGAUGAUGAGGCCCCGUUCCAAACCUCGUGAUGGGACUUCAACCGGCACCUCGGCCUCACUGGCCACAGCUGCUACUGAGGUCAACGCCACAAUCGCAUCCACUGCCAUCGAUGAUUAAGGGAGCAGGCUGGGGUGGGCACCGAGGAUGGAUCCACUUCUCUGUCAGUUCAAUCAAAUCCAGCAAUAAUUUGUGCUGAUUUUUGACUCUUGAGGGCCUAGACUACGACUCAGUGACCAACCAACUUUCAUAAUGUCAUAAUAUUGACUCAUUAAGUUUUUUUCAAAUGCUUUCUGGCAACUGAAAAAGUUGAUCCAAUGGGCAAAAAGCCCAUCAAAUAUAUGUUGCCAUGAAAAACUUAUCCAAUGAAACCUUUCAAGAAAUAAUUGACAGUUACUAAGAAUCAUUACAUUUUAUAAUUAGACAGGAUGCAGUUUCAUUUAUAUA